AUGGAGUUAAUGUCGAGUAGCGAGGAUGAAGGCGACUCGCCGACGUCGCUUCAAGACAGCUUCGACGAGGAGUUGCUGAGCCCCACAUCGCGUGUUCAACUAUCAUCGUCUACUAAAGACGCUAAGGAAAAGGCCACCGACGCAGCUGUAGCCGCCUACUCCCUCGUCACGCCCAAGAAAUCCGCAGUAUCGGAGAAGAAGGAGGAGAAGGAACUCACAGCUGGCGAACGCAUUGCUCGGAAGUACGGACUAAAGAGAUCGUUCUGGGACGCUCAGAUGGCUGAGGUGGGCACCGAACAGGACUCGGCGCCGAAAUCUACCUACGUCUCGCCGUUUAGCAAUCCCGAUGGGUUUAUGAACAUGAAGAGGAGGCGGCAACGACGACAAGAACCAUCGAUUGAAAUGAGUGAAGAAGAGCUGAAAAAAUCGCGUGACGCUUUCUACGAUGACUCAAAGAAUGAAGCGCAGGAUGUUGGACCUCGACCACGACACAUCAUCGGCUCGGCUAUUGCAGAGCUGGACGACGCAGAAGAUUGGAUGUCGGACGAGAAGGAAAAACGGACACCAUUAAAAAGACAGCCGCGGAAGCGAGUGCAGAAGGAAUUAAGCGACUCUAGUGAAGACGAGCAAGAAACCUACACGAGUGAACGUUGGCCGCAGCUUGAUCCCCCGAAGGUGAAUCUUGCAGGGUCAAAGACGUUGGAAGUAUGCGCCAACCUGAACAGCUACUUGUUCGAUUACCAGAGGGAGGGCGUGGAAUUUCUCCUGAGUGCCUACCAACGCGACACCGGUGCGAUUCUGGGUGAUGACAUGGGUCUAGGCAAGACCAUUCAAGUCAUUGCGUUCCUGUCAGCAAUAAUGGGAAAGCACGGCGACCGCCGCGAUAAAGAUGCUUGGAGGGCGUUACUGCAUACGCGUCGAGAACGGUAUAGUGAAAGUGGCGCUGUCGGCCAUCCUGAAGACUCGGGUUUUAGCUUCGCUGGUGAAGUGGCGCCGAUUUUUAUUGUGAUGCCAGCAUCCUUACUCCAAAACUGGGAGCAGGAGCUGCACACAUGGAUGAGCUGCACCACGAUCAUUUUGCGGGGCAAACCGAGUGACCGUGACGCUAUGAUCGAUCAAAUUGCAAGAGGCGAGUACGAGAUCGUCAUUUGCAGCUAUGACAUUUUGAAAAUGUACUUGAGUCGACUGCACAAAAUACCGUGGGAAGCGGUGAUUUUGGACGAGAUGCACUGCUUGAAGAACCCUGAGGCCAAGCUUACCAAAGCUGUCAAGGCGAUUACGUGUCGUAAAAAGCUCGGGCUGACAGGCACGUUGAUGCAGAAUAAUGAGAAGGAGCUGCAUUGCUUGGUGGACACUAUUGCUCCAGGGGCAAUUGGAUCGUGGGCGGAGUUUAGCAUGUAUUACGGUCAAGAUAUCAAGUAUGGGAGGAAGAAGUCUGCUGCUCCAGAGGCGGUGAAGCGAAGUCAGCAGAAAGAAAAGGAGCUUCGUCAGAAGUUACACCCGUACUAUCUUCGACGAGAGAAGGAGAUCAACCCGACGUUCCAGGAGGUUAAAAAGAACGAUCAAGUGGUCUUCUGUGACCUCACGCCACUUCAGAUGGCAGCGUAUCAGCGCGUUUUGGCCAUGCCAGAGUUUCAGUUGCUUCAACGCGGAGAGGAAAGAUGCGACUGCGGUCGAGAUAGUGGCGAGAAGCGGAAGAAAUGCUGCUACAAGACACCAUCGGAUAUUGGCGAUGCACCUGGGCUGCUGUACGAGCGCUUUCACGAAGACGGGCCAUGCAAGAACUGCCCAAAUUGUAUGGGUCUUCCGUGUGUGGCGAUGUUAUUGAAGCUAUCGAAUCACUUGGAGUUACUUAAAGUGAACCCACACGAUGGACAAGAGCUCCAGCAUUAUCAAAGUGAGUUUGCCAGUACGGCGUUCGGUAGCGAUCUGGACGAGGUCGGAGGUGUGGACCAGGUGUCCAGUUUUCAGGAAAUGUGUGCUAUUUCCACGAAGACGUGCGGGAAGAUGAUCGUGCUGGAGAAGCUGCUGUCUGUCUGGAAGAAGCGUCGACAAAGGACGUUAAUCUUCAGUCGAAGCACUCGCAUGCUGGAUAUCAUCCAGCUCUUUUUGAUCACUAAGGCGACGAAGUACAGUAGACUGGAUGGGAACACCAAGGUGGAGGAGCGUUUGCAGAUGGUCAACGACUUUAAUAGCUCGGAAAGCAACACGACGGUGUUUUUAAUCAGUACGCGAGCUGGUGGAGUGGGACUGAACCUGCAGAGUGCGACGAAUGUCGUGAUUUUCGACCCCAGCUGGAACCCAGCGCACGACUGUCAGGCUCAAGACCGAGCAUAUCGUAUCGGCCAGACGAAAGACGUGCAAGUUUACAGACUAAUUACUUUGGGCACAAUCGAAGAGAUGAUCUACGUUCGACAGAUCUACAAGCAGCAACUCAGUGACACAACAUUGAAGGGUUCCAAUGCGCCACGGUACUUCGAAGGUGUCCAGGGAAACCCACAACAACGAGGAGAGCUCUUCGGUAUAGCGAACUUGAUUUGUUGGAAGCCUGGUGGUGUGCUCAAGGGCAUUCAAGAUGCGUAUCAGCGUAGUCGGGAUGGUUUGAUAAUCCAGCAGAAUCGAGUUCAAUACGACGCUGCGUCGAUGAAGAAAUCGGCAAAGAAGACAACUCCAAAGAAGCGACCGAAUGUCGUGGACGAUGAUGAAGGAGAAAUGAUCGAAGUAGCGGACGAACUGGUUUCAGAUAUUCUGCAACCGGAUGAACCGCCAGCGACAACGCAGACCGAAGAAAAGCCUGUCGCUGUCAGUACCAGUAGCAGCGGCGAAGAAGACAUGGACGCCUUCCUUGGUGGUGCUACAACCUUUCGCCACGAAGCAAUUGUUGGUGAGCAAGACGGAGAGGAAGGAGUUUAUCAGCACGAAGAAGAGGCUGCAGUUGUCAGCGGAUCCGAACCAGAACUCGAAGCAGAAGAUUCAAAGGCAGCAAGUGUUGCCCUAGCAUCGCCAUCGCGUCCAUCACCUGGAAAGAAGCUUUGCAUUUUAUCACGGAUGGAGGACCCCAAGAGCCCCACGUCAGGCCAGGACACUAAGACGAAAGUGUACGUGCCUACUUACUUAUGA